ACCAUGCUUCCAUCCAAAAUAUGUAGCUUGUAGGAAGAUUUUGCAAAAUGAGUCUCUUCGGUCGUGAAGUACAGAAGCGGCAGUGCCACAAUGCUGUGUCCAACUCCCUCGCGUCCGUUGGGAGUCGCGAAAGGGAUUCUUCCCUAGCGAUGAAAACUUCUCACGAUCAACUUCACGGCUGUGUAAUCCUCAUUGGCUGCUCUUCAUAGCGCGCCAUCGUCACGACUUUUUUUCUAAGUAUCGAGAAAAUGAGGAUUCGACAAUGUAAGAAAACGAAAGCACAAAUCCACACACGAUACACGAUUUACGUGGUUCACUGAUUCAAUGUGUGUUAUCUAGUCCAUAGAAAGGAGAGAGUCCCGUGACUUUCGAUCAUAGCGACUGACAGUCCGAUUCAGGUCACAUCAAUAGCCAGUCCCAAAACCCACCUCCAGUCCUACCCACCUUUGCUCUACACUUUGUGCUUAACUUGUCAGUCCAAAUUGGUCAAAAACUCGCUAAGUUGUAUACUUCGUUGAAAAUUCAGCAUUGAACUGGGGUCUUGCAUUUGGCGUUCGUCCAUGGGGUAAGGAGGCGAUUAUUCUUUCAUAUUUGUCAUUUGAAGCAGGGAAGAGAAGAGGAAGGUUCAAAUAGGCUUUAGCAAAUGGCAAAACACAAGUCACCGCAGACCCAGAGAGAGAGGAAGGAAGGGAAGUCUUUUUCUUUUUCUUUUCCCCUUCUCCUCCUCCUGUAAAUAAAAGUCGUAUUGGUGAGAUCACGAGGAAAGCCAAGUUUUUCCAGUUCAAAAGUUUCGCUCACAUUACGAACCACCACCACCCGCGCGGCCUUUUUUUCUCCUUCCUUCCACCAAAACCCCAAGAAACGCAGACGACGAAACGGAGAGACGCGUAAGUAAAAGCCCACCGACACUCCCGCCCCUUUCCUCCUCCGUCGAUCUCUUUCUCCCCCGUCCUUCCUCGAUCCGCCUCUGAAUCUCCGCUCCGCCCGCCGCCGGACCUUCUUUUCUUCAAGUUUUCUUUUGGUGUAGCUUGGAGCGGGAAGUUCAGAAGUGAGUUAAAAGAGUAGUACUCGAGUAUGUCGACGGAGACUAGCACAGGCGAGCACAGCAUCAGAGGAACGCCGACUCACGGCGGUCGAUACGUCCAGUAUAAUGUGUACGGGAACCUCUUCGAGGUCUCCAGGAAGUACGUCCCUCCGAUUCGCCCCGUAGGUCGAGGUGCUUACGGUAUCGUCUGUGCUGCGAUGAAUUCAGAGACAAGAGAGGAAGUGGCCAUAAAGAAGAUUGGCAAUGCGUUUGACAACCGUAUAGAUGCCAAAAGGACCUUGCGAGAAAUUAAGCUUCUGCGGCACAUGGAUCAUGAGAAUAUUAUUGCCAUCAAAGACAUAAUUAGGCCUCCUCAAAAGGAGAACUUCAAUGAUGUUUACAUCGUUUACGAGUUGAUGGACACAGAUCUUCAUCAAAUUAUCCGCUCCAACCAAUCAUUGACAGAUGAUCAUUGUCGUUAUUUUCUGUAUCAAGUUCUGAGAGGACUCAAAUAUGUUCAUUCAGCGCAUGUUCUGCAUCGUGAUUUGAAGCCCAGCAACUUGCUUUUGAAUUCCAACUGCGACCUGAAGAUUGCAGACUUUGGGCUUGCCAGGACGACUUCAGAGACAGAUUUCAUGACCGAGUAUGUUGUUACUCGCUGGUAUCGAGCACCUGAGUUACUCCUUAAUUGUUCAGAGUACACCGCAGCUAUUGAUAUAUGGUCAGUGGGUUGCAUACUCGGCGAAAUCAUGACCCGUCAACCUUUGUUCCCUGGCAGAGACUAUGUUCAUCAGCUGAGACUUAUCACAGAGCUCAUAGGUUCCCCUGACGACAUGAGCCUGGGUUUCCUACGAAGUGAUAAUGCUCGAAGAUACGUGAGACAGCUUCCACAAUACCCUAAGCAAAAUUUUGCAGCUCGAUUCCCUAACUCAUCUGCUGGUGCUGUUGAUUUAUUAGAGAAGAUGCUUGUAUUUGAUCCAAACAGACGCAUAACAGUGGACGAGGCUCUAUGCCACCCGUACUUGGCACCUCUUCACGAUAUCAACGAGGAGCCAGUUUGUCCAAGGCCCUUCGUUUUCGAUUUUGAGCAGCCAUCAUUCACCGAGGAGAACAUAAAGGAGCUCAUCUGGAGAGAAUCUGCAAGAUUCAACCCAGACGCAUGAGAAAAUGUCGUGCGGCGGUGGUGGUAAUCGCACAAUACGGACAGCAGUUGUUAAUGAUUCUGGAUUAUGUUCCCAAGUACCCAUCAGUUGGCUCCCACUUUAACUCAGCAGGAUUGUUGUUUGUUGUGCAUGAAGAAGGUCGACCAUAAUUUGACUUGGUAUGCAGUAUCAUUGGUGUGUAUAAACUGACAUUGCGCCCGCGGUGCAACGGAGGAUGUAUCUGCAGGCAUUAGUUUCGUAGAAAGCCAAAGCUCCCUUUGCCUGUAGAAGAUUGUCUAUGCUUCUGAUGUAGAACAUGUUCCCAUGCGAAGUAGACAGCUAGUAACCUGCAACGAACUGUCUCAGAACGAGUGGCGGGGUUUUUGUGUAUUG